AUGUCAUCGAUAAAGAGUAUAUCUAGUGCUAAUGGUGGUACUACUACUAAUGGUAAUGGAGGCACACAACAAAGACCAAGCUCAACUGGGAUCAAACCAUUGUCAUUUGCACAUUUGAAUCAUGGAGCAAAGUAUCAGAGAUCGGCAUCUUCUCCACCUGUACAGGCAACGUCACCAGCUUCUUUGAGUGGUCCAGCCACACAACAUGGCGCCUCUUCAAGUGGCCACUCAACACCGCGCAGUGGUCUAAAGUCUCCAAAGUCACCGCUGGUCAGCACGGCGGAUAGCGACGAUCCCCUGCUACGCAAGUCAUCGUUUGAUCAACUACGCGAUUGUCUCAAUGACUAUGAGUUUGAUGGCGAGGUGAUCAUCAAGCAAGAUGUUCCAGAGCAAGAUAUUGAACGCUACGAAGAUGACGACGAUGAGGAGGACGACGAUGACGACAACUACACAGAUGAGAACGAGCCUGGCGCAGACGAAUCGGCCGACAGCCAAAACGAUGUGAGCAACGAGAGCAUUCAAGAGUCUGAGGAGGAGGAGUUGUUGCGUGUCAGUGGAGGGGCAUUGCCGCCACUCUCACCAACAAGGCCAUAUAGUUAUACUGUGGACUCUGGAUCGCCGUCAAAGAGCAGACUGGACCGCACAGAGUCCACAAUAAUCCAUCCGGACAAAAACGCUUCAUCCAAAGUUAACAAUCCUACUUCUUCAAACGGUUCGCCCAGUCGAAGAAUGGUUCCCUCCAUGACCAUCAACAGGGCCGACCAAUUCAAAGAGGCCAUAUCAUCAGAGUACCAAAAGAUGGUUGACAAUCCCGAUGAGUUUAGACAACAGAAACUCAAGCAGCGCAAGACAGCUCCAAAGAAAGACUUCUCUUUCAAACCAUCGUCUGGAACACAAAUGAAGUCACAGUUCUACAAACAAUUUAUUGAGAGCAAGUCACAAUCAAUACAUGACAAUGUGGACAAAUACAAGACAGAUCUUCUAAAGAACUAUAUUACAGAGCUCCAGACAUCAAGGAACAGUGGUCCAAUCACAUUCAACAAUCUGAAGCCUAAGACAAAGGAAGUUCAGCCAAUGAAAGACAAGAUCAAGGCAUUGCAAAGACAGAGAAGUUAUAGUCAGCCUGUGGAAAUGAAUACGAUAAAGCCAGUUGGAAUGAUGUUGGAGGCGAUAAUAGCGAGAGAGAAUAGUAGAGAUGGGACCAAUAGGAAGAUCCCAUUACUUGUUACAAAGUGUAUAGACUUCUUGUUUAAGGAUAGUGUAUUGGAUACAGAGGGAUUAUUUAGAGUUGGAGGCAACCAAUCAGAGAUGGAGACAUUGAUGAAAUCACUGCUGCAACAUGGAUUCGAUAUUCCAAGCGAUUGUUGUAUCCAUGUAGUGUCAAGUGUAUUGAAGAAGUUCUUGCGGCAGCUGGCCAACCCCGUCUUUACAUUCAAGUAUCACCAUGAUUUCAUCGCCACACUCAAGCUACAAGAUGAUCAACGAUCACCUGCCAUUAAGAAGUUGCUGAGUACUCUGCCAGAGUGCAACCAACAGUUGAUCAAAGAGUUGAUGCGCUUCCUCUUUGAUGUGACCAAGCACAGCAGCGCCAACAUGAUGCACGCACACAACUUGGGAUUGAUGUUUGGACCGAGUCUUAUGAAGGCACCCGACGAGAACGAAGCAACGAUCAUGUACGACACUGGAAGCAGUCAAGUCAUAACACAUCUUCUUGAGGACUAUGCCAACAUUUUCGAUUCUGUCUAG